CGUUCCAGUAGGUCGGUGGUGCCAAAACGGAUCGGGGGUAACACUAAACAUCGAUCCUUUCUUGUCACAAGUCUGCUCUUUCCUUAAUUGUUGGUUGGAUUAUUCAUCCGUCAUUCGCUGAAUUUUCGUGGCGUCGAUCGAUACUUGAGGGGGUGGUGUCGGUGAUGGCACUUGAAGACGAAGAAAACGAGGUCGACCCAGUUGUGUCAAUAGAGUAGUGUGGUGUAGUACCUCCUUUCCUUUUUUUUAUUUUUUUACUUCAAACUUUUUGAGUUGGAAUGCGCCAUCUAGGAUUUUUUAUUUUACUUUUUAUUAUUAUUAUUUUUGUUGAACGCGCCACCCCGGAGAAAAAAAAAGAGAUGAAGAUGAAGAAGAAAAAAUAAACGCUGCCAAGAAAAUGGGAGCGAAAAAGAGGACGAUCGAUCCAUUCGACUCUUGUGUUCCCGAGUGGAUCAUAUAUCUGUGGGGAAUGCUAUGCAAUUGUUUCCGCACAAGGACGAACCAGCGUUGUCAUCGAAACGCCCUAGAUUGCUCUUGUUAUCCAGCAGCCAUCAAGGAGAACAAAAACAAUCGAUCCUGGCCCGCAUUUCGCACGACUAGCUCUCGUCGUAUCUCGAAUUUAGAAAAUGUUUUCCUUUUUCUUCUGCUGCUUCCGUUCGGGUAAAAUGGCUCUGUCUGCAACAUCACCCGAAUGUCUUCCACGGGGUGAAUUAUGGACAACUCCUUCUCUUGUCUCCUACGACUGUCUGUGUGUCUCUCUCUCUCUCUGCCCAACUUUCCUUUUUUCUUUUCUCUUUUGCCUUGCCGGUUCUCACGAGAGUUGGAGUAGCGGUAUCACGAACUCGUUUCGGUUUCGGUUGACUCGACUGGCGCACCAGCCAAAAGCGGGAGUAAUGAGGUUAUUGUGGAAAUGAGAUUUCAUUGACAUUCAGCAUGGUGCCACUAUACUACCUCGUAUAUGUACAGUUAGGCAUUUACGUUAUGCAUUCACUCCCGCGAUUAUUAUUCCGACUUUUUAAAUGUUACGUCUUCUUCUUAAGGGGAAAGAAGGAAACAAAGAUGCGAGUAAGCAGAGGAAUCGAUUUCCCGUCGUCUAGUCUCUAAUGCGGCCUUUAACAGUUUUACACGCGUAAAAGUUGAACAACUUGUUUGGAUUAUCCCUGCCAUCAAGUCGAAAGCCGGCCGUCCGCUCAACCGUUUGGCGACGACUAUGCACAUAUGACAAGUAGGCUACUAUUUCAAGCAAACAAAGUUAGACCAGCAGAGCGCGCGUGCCAAUCCCUUUGAGCAUUCAAUCCCGUCAAUCCGACGAAAGGUUCAUUCUGAAUGUCGACCGGAAUCGGGUUUUUUCUUUUUCUUUAAGUCGAUUAUUUUCCGUAAGUUCUAGUCCGUCCUUUAAAAGUUACCAAACAAUUUCGUGUGGUUAAAAACACGGAGCGACGUCGUUUGAAAGUUUUAUUACGUCACCGCAAAUGUCUUUCCAAAUAUUCAAUCGAUAAAAAUUGCGCACAAGUGUGUGCUGGCGGGAGCGACAACAGCUUGUCGUUCGUGUGUGUGCGGGGGCGGGCGGAGUAAAUAUCCGGUAAUCUGAUCACCGCUGCUGCUGCAUUAACUCUGAGACUCUUUUUUCUUCUUCUUCUUCCAUGUCUUAAUGUACUUUGUUGUUGGUCGUCAUUGUUAUGUUGUUGCUUUUUUUCUCUUUUUGCAGGGUCCGCCACUACCGUGACACAGUGGGCGGAGGCGGCUCAGAUGAUCGAUCGUGGAAAACGUGACAGUGCAAAUGUCUAUCGCCUACCCAAUAUUUUUGUAGAAUCAAGUUAAAUAUUUAGAAUGGAAAUGCCCUGGCGCUUCCAUUUAAUGGCGAUCGUCAUCUCCCUGGAAAACUGUCCGUGAGUGAGACGGUCUUGCUGUUUUGUUUGACCGUAUAUACCCAACGGCCUUUAUGCCGAAAUGAAAUCGUCUCUUCCGCUGAAGUGGAUGUCCAGUACAUAGUAUAGAACGGGCAUUUUUGCCACUAUCGUCUCGAUGCGGCGGACCACCAACUCUCCACGGUUUCCUCCCUAUAUUAAAUCAUUCUUUGUAUUCCAUUAUUUUGUGAAGAAGGCGAGUGAGCGCGCGUGUGUCUCUCGCCGCUAUCCAUCCGGAAUAAGUAGACGAGGCGGAUUGUGAGAAAAGAUAGCGAAUGAGAGCGGAGAGAGGAGAGAUAUGGAAAAAAAAUAGAAGAAGAAGAAUAAGAGGAGAGAGAGAGAGAGAGAGAAGAGGGAGGCGUGAAAGAGCGCUUGCGCUGGAUCAAAAGAAGGCGGCCGGCUUCAUUGAUCGAGCAACAGCAGCUGAGCACAGAGUCCGUCUCGCUCUUUCCGCUUUUGCUCCUGUGUACUCGCUACUUUCCUUGCAUCUCUUCACAGCCUCUCUGCGCCGAAUUGUCCAGACGAGCUGAUUAUCCAUCUCUUGCCUCCCACAGCCGCAUCAUCCGUCCAACUGAAUCCCUUUUAUUUUUUCUUACGGCACCACUUCUUCACCUUUUUAGUAUUCUGGCGACAUUUUUCCCUACAUGAGCUGAUUCAACUUUUUUUUAUUUUUUAUUUUAUUUCUUGACUCGACUUUUGGAACGAAGAGAGAGAGAGAAAUGUCCACAGUUGCGUGACCCGCCUUUUGGCCACUGUGUGUGUGUGGGGUGGUGGUUGUCGGUAGUGUGUCUCAGGCAUCUCUACGUAGAAUCCACCAGUCGUCGAAGGGAUAGCCGAUCGACCAGACCUGUCUCCGACGUUACAUCCACGUAGGUGUAGCCCUUCUACUACUACUACUACUACUUCGGGAAAUUCGUUCUCUUCGCCUGAGAUAACGGACAGCAGAAUGACGGCAAGAUGAAGAGAACUUCUUUUUGCACCAUGAAACCGGAUUGAGCUACUGAGUGCGAUCCUCAUCAGAAAUCGAUCCUCACCAUCCGGCGGGUUGACACACACACUACAAGAAGAAGGUCCUUUUUUCUCUUCCCAACCGUCAUCUUUUUUUGUGCGACUCGUACAUGGGUUGUGGUGUGUGUGCUGCUAUUGUUCGAUCGACUGUGAAACGAGGGGAUGAUCUAGGAGGCAGACAGAGCCAUUGAGCUCGAUGAGGAUGAAGAAGCAGAACGUACGUACUCUCUCACUAAUCGUCUGCACCUUCACCUACCUGCUGAUCGGCGCCGCCAUAUUCGACGCCCUGGAAUCUGAUAACGAAGCCAAAAACGCACAAGUUCUCAGAGAAAUGGAAAACAUGAUUAAAGAGCGCUACGGGAUCGUGGAUCGAGACUAUAGGCUGAUGGAGGUCAUGGUGUUGAAAGGAGCUCCUCAUUACGCUGGCAAACAAUGGAAAUUUGCCGGUGCCUUCUACUACGCCACUACCGUCCUCACGACUAUAGGCUACGGACAUUCGACGCCGCACACGAUCGGCGGCAAACUGUUCACCAUGGCCUACGCCCUGGUCGGCAUUCCGUUGGGUUUAGUCAUGUUCCAGAGUAUCGGCGAACGGCUCAAUAACUUUUCAUCUUUCGUUAUACGCAACGUCAAACGCGUCCUCAAGUACGACAGCAUCGAAGCGUCAGAGACCAACCUAAUCCUUGUCGUGACGGCAAUCACGACGAUUACGAUAUCGGGUGGAGCGGCGGCCUUUUCCAAAUACGAAGGGUGGACUUACUUUGAUUCGAUUUACUACUGCUUUGUGACGCUAACGACCAUCGGUUUCGGCGACAUGGUGGCACUCCAGCAGGACAAUGCCCUGACCGACAAGCCAGAGUACGUGGCGUUCGUUCUCAUUUUCAUCCUGUUUGGAUUGGCCAUUGUUGCCGCUUGCCUCAAUCUCCUCGUUUUGCGGCUCGUCACGCUAAACACGGAAGACGAACGAAGGGACGAAGCUGCCGCUGUCAAGGCCGCGCAAGGAGCUGUCCGUCUCGAAGGGGACGUGAUCACAGCCAACGGAUCGAUUCUGUCCGGCCAAAUCCCGCGGGAGCAAGGCGGUGGUGGUCUCGCCGGUUCGCUCAUCGAUUUAGAAGAUUCGAAAUCAGUAUGCAGCUGCUCCUGCCAAGUGGCACACAGUCACUGCUUCCCUUGCCUCUCGAUGGUCGCCCGGGGAAGACGAAACAAGGGCCGCAAGGGCCGCAAGGCUGGAGGGGCCGUCGGAGCCGAGUACUCGUGCGGCCCCGGAUCCGCUUCGAUGGUUGGGCGCAGUUACGGUGCGCUGAGUAACACGGGCACCUACAGUGCCGCCAGUCUCGGCAUCUGCGACGAUACCAUCUUUCUCGAGCGCUACACUCCAGCCAGCGGCGGAGGCGACGGUCUCGACCCAGAGACCGGCCACCAGGGAGAGUAUUUCGAGCUUCAGAAUACGGAAUCCUCCAUGUCUGCCCGAUUGCGUUCUGGCGUCAUUUACGCUUCAUCCACCAGAUCGUCCAUGACGGCCACUUCGCCGUCUAGACUUUAUCCGACAUUGAGGAGCACUGCUAGCGGAGUAGAGAGUCCCACACCUGACCGAGUGCUGACCCGACGUCGUCGAACUGGAGGGCCGACUAUUAAUCUGAGUUUGCGUGGGUUGAUCCGACGUCUUCGUCAUUUCCGUCGACGAGUGAUGAGCACCUUGCAACAUGGACGCCCUACUGCUCGCCAACGAGUUUCUCAAGCCCGCUCACGCAAAUCGUCGCUAGCGGCUGCCAAGCAACGGAGCUGCGUCGUUCAAGCACCGGCCAGUCUCUUGACUUCGGUUCCCAAUGCCGGGCCGCCUCCGAUUAACAUUGGUGCUCCGGUUCCUUCUACCGACGACUCCAUCGACUGUUUUGUUGACGUUCCUCUCAAUGACAACACAUUUCUGACCUGGUCGUCGUCAGCCCUGGCCGAGAAACGGGCAUCAUACUGAAAAAUUACCAGUGCAAUACAUGAAUUAGAAGUGGGGUGCUAAGAGGAGGAAAUGUGACUUGAUUGGAUUGCCCUAGUGAAACUGCAAAUGUAAUGGAAGAUACAUAAUUGAAACGUAUCGGCGCUACUGCUAGUUUCCUAUUUAUUCAGAAUUUUUCAGUAGUUCAUUCUUUUUUAAAAAAUUGUAUUCAUCUCGAACCAUUUUCAACGUGUAUUUUGCAUUCCAUCACGAAAUCCCUAAGAAUGAUUCCAUUUUUUCAGUAUUUUACGAAUCAGAUUAAAAUACUUCCAUCUUGUACAGAUUUUUUCGUAAAUUACGAAAUUAUUCGAUUAUUUCUCGUUUUGAGCGUCUUUGAAAAGUCAAAUACAAACAAGGGGAAAUGA